GCUCAGCGCUGGCGCAAUGAGAACUACGAGAGACCCGUGGACCUGGAGGGCUCCGGGGACGACGACCCUUUUGGGGAUGAUGAACUGGACGAUGUCUACUCAGGCUCCGGCUCGGGGUAUUUCGAGCAGGAGUCGGGGCUUGAGACGGCAGUGACCCUCACCACAGACACGUCUGUCAUGAUCCCCACCACGGCGGCUGUGCUGCCCAUCACCUCGGUGCAGCCCGUGGCAACCCCCUUUGAACCAUUCCCUGCUGAGGACACCACCCCCGAGCAGACAACCGGCAUCUUGUAUAUCCCCAGGAUGACAGAGACACCAGUGAUCCCCAGUUGGAAGGCAACCACCACCAGUACCACUACCAGCGACUCCCCUACCACCACAACCAGCACCACAACCACCACGACCACCACGACCACCGCCACCACGACCACCACCAGCACCACCAUGGCCACUGCCAAGCCCACCACCAUCCGAAGGUUCCUGCCCCCCUUCAUCACUAAGGCAGCCACCACCCGGGCCACCACCCUGGAGACACCCACCACCUCCACCUUCGAAACCAGCACACCAACAGAGGUGGCCACAUCACGGCUUGUCACGGCCAACCCCAGGCCCCUGCCAAAACCAACCCCCUCCAGGACUGCAGACCUCACAGACAAAAGCACUGCCUUGCCAUCCAGUCCUGCCAUGCUGCCACCCACAGAAGCCCCCCAGAUGGAGCCAGCAGAGGUGACGACAGUCCUCGACAACGAGCUGGAAGUCCCGGUCAGCAGCGGCCCCAGUGGGGACUUUGAGAUCCGGGAAGAGGAAGAGACAACUCGUCCCGAGCUCGGUAAUGAGGUGAUGGCUGUGGUGACACCACCAUCAGGACCCGGGCAGGGCAAGAACGUGGAGCCAGGGCUGAUCGACAACACGAUAGACUCCGGUAACUCGGCCGCUCAGCUCCCCCAGAAGAACAUCCUGGAGAGGAAAGAAGUGUUGAUAGCGGUGAUCGUGGGCGGCGUGGUGGGAGCCCUCUUCGCUGCCUUCCUGGUCAUGCUGCUCAUCUACCGGAUGAAGAAGAAGGACGAGGGCAGUUACACGCUGGAGGAGCCCAAACAAGCCAACGUGACGUACCAGAAGCCCGACAAGCAGGAGGAGUUUUACGCGUAGAAGAAGAGCCUGGCGUGCCUCACGCUCCCUCCCUCCCCGCUCCAAACUCU